CAGCAGAGAGCCCAGCAACUGAAAAAACCAACCAUCGCGCGGGCACGGUUGCGGUUGCUACCUCCCGAUCCCGUCCUCCCGCAAGCCAAGCUCUCUCUCUCCCCCUCCCCUUCAGCACGAUCGGAGUCCAAGUCCAUCCCAUCCAGACCCACUCGACAGUCGACCCGAUGGCGCCGUCCAUCUCCGUCGGCGCCGCGGCGCCGUCCCGUGCAGCGGGCGCGAGCACGAAGAAGAGCGCGGACGAGGUGGAGCUCCUGCGGCGGCGGAACGCGGAGCUGGAGCGGGAGGUGGCGGCGCUGCGGCUGGAGCUGGGCGCGGCGCGGCGCCGCGCCGAGACGGCGGAAGAGGCCGAGGAGCGGCUGUGCGUGCAGCUCGGCGACGCCGAGGUGGAGGCGCUCGAGCUCGCGCGCGCCUACCAGGCCCACGUCCACGAGCUCGCCAGGGAGCUCGCCGCCGCGCGCGCGGCCCCGGCACGCCCGGCCAGAUAGGUUCUCGUGGGCUGGUAGUAGGCUACUAGUAGCUAUAGCGUGCGGUUCAGCGGGAUGGCUGUGGUUCCCGCGUUUGGUUGGCGUCGGACGGCACCCCGCGCCGCGGUGCCAUUUAUUUGCUCGCCGCCGGCAUCGUCGUCUUUGCUUUUUGCUGUGUCGAUGAUGAUUCUUUAACGAACAAGAGUCCAUGAUGACGCGUCCUAUGUGAAAA